GUACAUCCAACCGGCCUCACAACCAUAGACCAUGUGUAACCACACCAGCCCAGGACCUCCACAUCCAGCAGCUGUAACUCAAAGGCAAACCAAGGCCGACAUUGAAGGGAUUGUCGCGCAUCAUUUGAACUUUGACCCUCACACAUCUGCUCACGGUCGACUGCUGACCAGAUGUCCGCUGGGCUCAAACGCUGCAGGACAUUCAGAAUAGAGACUGAGAAAGCUCCAUCCAUCCAUCCUGUGGAUUGAUUCAGUUGGGAUAAAAGAGGAGGACUAAGAAGAAGAAGAAGAAUAAGAGGAGGAGGACCAACCGGGUGGCUGUCAGAUGGAGCACAGAGGCUCCUGGAGGAGCUCAGGGCGCACAGCGGACCCGCAGUGACCGCUUGUGGAUGGACGCUGCUCCCCGGUGGUCCAGGCUGUCCCCAGCACGGCUAUGACGGGCCCCCAGGAGCCAGACCUGCGUGAGCGUCACGGGGGAGGUGCGCCGGAGGACGGCGAUGAGGACGAGGAGGGCAGGGAGAGGGUGCACGUGUCGGUGGAGGGAGAGGAAGGGAGGGAGGAAGACGCCAAGGAGGAGGAGGAAGAGCUUCCGUAUCCGACUCUCGCUCCUGUGGUUCUCUUAGCUCUCACCCAAACCAGCCCGCCGAGAUCCUGGUGCCUGCGAGCCGUCUGCCACCCAUGGUUUGAGCGCGUGAGCAUCUUGGCCAUCGUCCUCAACUGUGUGACUCUGGGAAUGUUCCAGCCCUGUGACGACACACACUUCCUGCUGCAGGCGCUGGACGACGGCAUCUUUGUGUUUUUCGCCAGCGAAAUGCUGGUCAAGAUGGUGGCUCUUGGGGUCAUAGGUCACAACGGUUACCUGGGAGACACGUGGAACAGACUGGACUUCUUCAUUGUUAUCGUGGGGAUGUUGGAGUACUCGCUGGACGGACACAACGUCAGCCUGUCGGCCAUCCGGACCGUUCGCGUUCUCCGCCCACUGAGGGCCAUCAACAGAGUUCCCAGCAUGCGCAUUCUGGUCACCCUCCUCCUGGACACCCUCCCCAUGCUGGGCAACGUGCUGGCGCUCUGCUUUUUCGUCUUCUUCAUCUUCGGCAUUGUGGGCGUGCAGCUGUGGGCGGGGCUUCUGAGGAACCGCUGCUUCAUUGGGGAAGAUAUCAAGACGAGAUACAAUGUCUCCUUCCUGAGUGUUUACUACCGCCCGAGCGCCACGGAAGACCACCCCUUCAUCUGCUCCACGGAGAGGGACAACGGCAUGCUCCGCUGCUCAGACGUGCCCCGCCGACGGGUAGGCGGGACUUCCUGCUACCUGGGCGCCGAGGACGGGCGGCCGGAGAGGGCGCCGCCGGGGCCGGGAACCGAGGUGACGUGUGUGAACUGGUACCAGUACUACAACGAGUGUCGUGCUGGCGAGACCAACCCUCACAAAGGAGCCAUCAACUUUGACAACAUUGGAUAUGCAUGGAUUGCCAUUUUUCAGGUAAUUACUCUGGAAGGCUGGGUAGACAUCAUGUAUUACGUAAUGGAUGCCCACUCUUUCUACAACUUUAUCUACUUCAUCUUCCUCAUUAUAGUGGGAUCCUUCUUCAUGAUCAACCUGUGCCUGGUCGUCAUAGCAACCCAGUUCUCCGAGACCAAGCAGCGGGAGCACGCCUUAAUGAAAUCGGAGCAGCGCGCCCGACAGCUCCACCAAUCGGCUUCCACGCUGGCCAGCGACAGCCAACCGGGCAGCUGCUACGAGGAGAUCAUCCGCUACCUGGCCCACCUGGGCCGCAAGGCGUGGCGCCGCCUGUCCCGCCUCGUGGCCCGCGCCGCCCCGCGCCUGCGCUGCGCGUGCGUGUGCCGGCGGGACCGCGGCUUCAGCCCCCGAGGGGGCGGGGCCGGGGAAAUCAACGGGCUGGCCCAUCGGCAUUCGGGUCACAGCCCCGGCGACCUCUCGCACCUUCAUCAGGUGUACCACCAGCGCCACACGCUGCCGCCGGAGCGUGGCCUCAGCGGCGCAGGGAAUGGAUUUAAUUACCCCGUCAUCUCGCCACUCCUCACUCAUCUGGAUGCAAAGAGUCCGAAUCACAAGAGGCUGGUUGCCAUGGAGACUGUCAACAGGCUGCCACAGCUGGUGUUGGAACACGGUGGAUGUGUUGCCCAUCCGGCGCUACCCCUGCCGGGGGAGGUCCCGGUGGAGUCCUCGGGGACGUGUCCGUACUGCAGCUACUACAACCAACUGUGUGACCCCGAAAAUGCCAACGAGGGUCCCGAUGACCAUCAGCGUGGCCCCUGCAAGAGCCCGGAGCCUUGCAGCAGCCCCCGUCUGGGCGAGGGGCAGGUGGCUCGCCCUGUGGGGGGGGCGAAGAGGCUGUGCGAACAUUGCUGGGCGGAGCUGAGGACCAAACUGGAGCUGAUUGUGGGCAGCAGAUACUUCAACAGGGGGAUCAUGAUCGCGAUACUUAUCAACACGCUGUCCAUGGGCAUUGAAUAUCACAAACAGCCACAGGAGCUGACUGAUAUUUUGGAGAUCAGCAACAUGGUGUUCACCAGCCUCUUCAGCCUGGAGAUGCUCCUUAAAGUCCUCGCUUUGGGGCUCUUUGGGUACAUCAAGAACCCUUACAACGGCUUCGACAGCAUCAUCGUCAUCAUCAGCGUGUGGGAGAUUGUGGGCGAGGCAGAGGGCGGCCUGUCCGUGCUGCGGACGUUCCGGUUGCUGAGGGUUUUGAAGCUGGUCCGCUUCCUGCCGGCCCUGAGGAGACAGCUGGUGGUGCUGAUGAAGACCAUGGACAACGUGGCCACCUUCUCCAUGCUGCUCAUGCUCUUCAUUUUCAUUUUCAGUAUCUUGGGGAUGCAUCUGUUUGGAUGUAAAUUUGGUCUGCGGCAAGACAGCGGAGACACGUUACCGGACAGGAAAAACUUUGACUCACUGCUUUGGGCUACAGUCACUGUCUUCCAGAUCCUCACCCAGGAGGACUGGAACGCCGUCCUGUACAACGGCAUGGCGUCCACCACGCCGCUGGCCGCGCUCUACUUCGUGGCGCUCAUGACCUUUGGAAACUACGUCCUCUUCAACCUGCUGGUGGCCAUUUUGGUCGAGGGCUUUCAGGCAGAAGGUGACGCCAACAGGUCAGAGGCAGACGACGAGAGGCAGUCGCUGUCUUACGAGGACGAGGAGAAGCUGAGGGAGAUGUACGCCACAGAGCUGAAGAUCCAGGCCAUGAUCCAGAGCCCCAAUGGUCUCCUCAACCCGAAAGCCUCCAGGCCUCCGCCCCUGUCCUUGCCCGUCAUCACGCACACUGCGGCCACGCCCACCAUGAUGUACGGCCAAUUGAGACGCGCCAGUGCCGCCUCCAUGGAAGUUAACAGCCUGGAGGAGCAAAAGUCGCCGCCCCCGUGGGACAGUAGGUGGGAGAGCCGGCGCUCCAGCUGGACCAGCAUGGGCCGAGCCCCCAGCCUGCACAGGAGGAGCCAGUCGGGGGAGAUGGAGUCCCUGCUGUCCGACACCCACACAUUCUCCCGGUCCAGCAGCAGAGAACAGUCCAUGGACCAGCAGGAUUACCUGCAGGUGCCCAUGUUGCACACGCCCGACUGCAACGGUACCACCUACCACCUGCCGGACCACGACAACCACAAUGCUCCAAACACGUCACUUUACCACGGUGACCAGGACGACGAGGAGAUUGAAGAGACUCUGUAUCAGAAGCUGCGUAAGAUGUUGGCGCCGUACGAGCCUCAGUGGUGCCUGGAGCAUGAAGAGUGGUCUCUCUACGUGUUCGCUCCACACAACCGUUUCAGGGUGUGGUGUCAGAAGACCAUCGGCCACAAGAUGUUCGAUCACGUCAUCCUCCUCUUCAUCUUCCUCAACUGCAUCACCAUCGCCCUGGAACGGCCUGACAUCCAGCCGCACAGCAUAGAGCGAGUGUUCCUCAGUGUGUCCAAUUACAUCUUCACUGUGAUCUUCGUGGGAGAAAUGAUGAUCAAGGUGGUAGCAAUGGGCUUCUACUUUGGAGAGGGUGUGUACCUGCAGAGUAGCUGGAACAUCCUGGAUGGACUGCUGGUGUUCGUGUCCAUGGUGGACAUCCUGGUCUCGGUGGCGUCGGCGGGCGGAAAUCGUAUCCUGGGCAUCCUCCGCGUGCUGCGUCUGCUACGCACCCUGCGGCCGCUUAGGGUGAUAAGUCGGGCUCCAGGUCUAAAGCUGGUGGUGGAGACUUUGAUUACGUCCCUCAGGCCCAUCGGGAACAUCGUCCUUAUCUGCUGCGCUUUUUUUAUCGUCUUUGGAAUCCUGGGAGUGCAGCUGUUCAAAGGGAAGUUCUUCUACUGCGAAGGCUUCAACGUGACAAACAUCACCAACAAAACUCAGUGUCGGGAUGCAGGAUACCGCUGGCUUCGACGGAAGUACAACUUCGACAACCUGGGACAGGCGCUGAUGUCUCUCUUCGUGCUGUCAUGCAAAGACGGCUGGGUCAGCAUCAUGUAUGACGGCCUGGACGCGGUCGGCGUCGACCAGCAGCCAAUCAGAAACAACAACCCCUGGAUGCUGCUCUUCUUCAUCUCCUUCCUCCUCAUCGUCAGCUUCUUCGUGCUGAACAUGUUUGUGGGCGUUGUCGUGGAGAACUUCCACAAGUGUCGCCAGCAGCAGGAGGAGGAGGAGGCGCGGCUGAGGGAGGAGAAGCGACAAAAGCGUCUGGAGAAGAGGAGGAGGAAGGCGCUGGAGAAGCCCUACUACGCCGACUACUCGCCACUGCGCCGGUCCAUCCACAGCGUGUGCACCAGCCACUACCUGGACCUCUUCAUCACCAUCAUCAUCUUCACCAACCUCCUCACCAUGAGCAUGGAGCACUACAACCAGCCUCAGUACCUGGUGGACAUACUCAAGUACUGCAAUUACGUCUUCACUGUGGUGUUCGUCAUCGAGGCCAUCCUGAAGCUGAUCGCCUUAGGCCUUCGCCGCUUUUUCAAAGAGAGGUGGAACCAGCUGGACCUGGCCAUCGUGCUGCUGUCCAUCAUGGGAAUCACGCUGGAGGAAAUCGACCUGAACGCCUCGCUGCCCAUCAACCCCACCAUCAUACGCAUCAUGAGAGUGUUGAGGAUCACACGAGUGCUGAAGCUGCUGAAGAUGGCCACCGGGAUGAGGGCGCUGCUGGACACGGUCAUGCAAGCGCUGCCUCAGGUGGGGAAUCUGGGUCUGCUCUUCAUGUUGCUGUUCUUCAUCUAUGCAGCUCUGGGAGUUGAGCUCUUUGGAAAACUGGAGUGUUCCGAGGAGAACCCGUGCGAGGGCCUCAGCCGCCACGCCACCUUCGACAACUUUGGCAUGGCCUUCCUCACUCUCUUCCGUGUGUCCACCGGGGACAACUGGAACGGGAUCAUGAAGGACACCCUGCGGGAGUGCCGCCCCGAGGACCGCCACUGCCUCACCUACCUGCCGCUGAUCUCGCCCGUCUACUUCGUCACCUUCGUGCUGACGGCUCAGUUUGUGCUGGUCAACGUGGUGGUGGCCGUCCUCAUGAAGCACCUGGAGGACAGCAACAAGGAGGCGGCGCUGGAAGAGAUGGAGGAGAGGCGGGAGCGCGAGGAGGCCAACAGGAGGAGCAGCACCGUGUCGCUGGGCGGAGACGCUGGCAACAACGGGGACGCACCUGCCCAGGUGCAGGUGGAGGAAGAGGGCCGUUGCCGUGGAAACCUGCUGAGCAUCGGUCGCAUGCUGUCAUUGCCUAGUGACAGCUACACCCAGCCGCUCAGAUGUCCUCCAUUUCCUCCUGUUGGCGUGGAAAGCUACACAGCCUACAGCUACUCAGGCUCCGUGUCGUCACUAGCUUCCAGCGGGGGCGGCUCCCUCCUGCAGGUGCCAGGAGCGCUGCCCGCCUUCAGCCACGCCUGCUUGGGGUCGGGCCGCGUCACCCGGCCCAUGAUCCGCCUGAGCAGCUCCCAGAGCAUGGACCGCUACUCCCCCCAGCAAGCCGGCCCGUCGGAGGGCGCGGAGGCCUGCCGCGGCGCCAGCAGGCGGCGACUGGACUCGGCUCACAGCAUGGACGGAGGCCAGCUCAGCCCCGCCCGGGCGUCGCGCGUACACAGACUGAGCUCCGCCCACAGCAUGGACGGCUACAGGCCGGACGGCGAGCAGGAGCGAUCCAAGCUGGUGUCGGGCUACAGCGUGGACAGACACCCGUCCCUCGGCCUCAGUCCUCUGCACGCGGCCAGCAGGGGGCGCUGUCACUGGCUCAGUCCUGAGGAGAGUCUGGACCGGAACAAGCUGAGCCCCUCCUACGUUCCAGACAGUUCUGUCCUCAAGAGACCCGCUUCGUUCCGCACCGCUAGCAGACAGCUGCGGAGACAGGAGGCCGUGCACGCUGACUCUCUGGACCAGAGCGGCUCGGCGGACAACGUGGCGGACGCCGACCCGCCCGCGCCCGCCGCCGCCUCUUCCACACCACCCCGCCAGCGCUCGUCCAGCGUCCACACGUUGAAGUGCGCCCAGCCUCAGAGGGUCAUCUCCUGCAGGAGUCGCGGUCACGCCGACACCGGAACGGGACCGGAACACAGACCCGUGUCGGAAUCAGACACGGUCGCCGGCCUCCAGGUGCCCGGCGGGGACUCCCCCUCGCCGGCCCCCAGGUCCGACGCGGGCCCCCAGCCGGACGAUGCUGACGAGGAAGUCCGCAGCAUCAACACCUCGGCUCACACGCAACUUUUUCACAUGAGCAGACACCUCAGCCAAUCGGUGUCUCCCGUGUCGGGCAGGAACAGGAAGGAGCGGAUGAGCCCGCCUCCGGGGGAGGAGCCUGUCGCCACGGCGACCCAGCUGAUGGACAGCAGCGUGGAGCUCAGGAGGCGAACUUUGUCGUUUGACGCCUCGACCGUUCCUCCUCACCACGCCGAGUCGAACUCUAUGGACGACUGAAAAAGCACACCAAAAGACUCGGACUACUUCCUGUUUUAAGGCCACGCCCCCUGCCUUGUCCUGGCGUGAAUGUGUCGAGACUCCUCCCCUUCUUCCCCAGUGCAGCUUUUUGCACAGCGGAUGCACACAUUUAGAGACGUCCUCGCCCCUUCCUUCGUUCUUGUCCUCUCACCUCAAAAGCCUCGGUCUGAGUGCCUGAAAGUCCACAUCCACACGUCCCCCGCGUCCUUCUGAGAGCUGACAGCUGUGCCCAGUCUCUAAAAACUACCACUAAAGUACAGUCCAAACUCCAAAACUAGCAGUGAACUUGGAUAAGUGUAAAAAGGGUCUAUGGUUUUUGGGCUAGUGGGGUUGUUUUAGGGGUUCCUGUUUGAGGUUAGGUUAGGGUUGAGGUCAAGGUUGCCCUUGGAUGAAUUAGACCCUUAAACAGAAUUGUGUUACCCUGGUUAGGGUCGAGUUAGCACUCUUGGGUAAGGGUUGGGUAAGAUUUGUGGUUGGAUUUUAGGGUUGUAGGUUUAGGCUAAGGUCAUGGUUUGUGGUUGCAGUCAAUUUAGCGUUCCAAGACUAGUGUUGGGUAGGAGUUGAGUUUUAAGGUUGUAGGGUUGGACUAGAUUCACAGUUUGUAGUAGGGGUUUGGUUAGGGUUAAAGACAAUUUAGCGUUCUAAGGUUAGGGUUGGGUAAGAGUUAGGGUUCUGGUUUGGGGAUGGGUUAGAGUUGGUUUUGGGGUAGGGGUUUGGUUAGGGUUAGGGUCAAAUUAACAUUCUCUGGUAAGGGUGGGCAAGAGUUAGGGUUCUGGUUUGAGAUUGGUUAGAGUUGGGUUUGAGGAAAGGGUUUGGUUAGUGUUAGGUUUAAGUUAGCAUUCUAGGAUAAGGGUGGGUACGAUUUAGGGUCCUGAUUUGGGGAUGGUUCAGUGUAAAAGUUUAGUUUGGAGUUGGUGUAGUGGUUUGGUUAGAGUUGGGGUAAAGGUUAAAGUUAAAGGUAAGUUAAGUUAAAGUACCAAUGAUUGUCACACACACACUAGAUGUGGUGAAAUUUGUCUUCUGCAUUUGACCCAUCCCCUUGUUCACCUCCUAGGAGGUGAGGGGAGCAGUGAGCAGCAGCGGUGGCUGCGCCCGGGAAUCAUUUUUGGUGAUUCAACCCCCAAUUCCAACCCUUGAUGCUGAGUGCCAAGCAGGGAGGUAACUGAGUAGGUAGCCAUCCAAGGUAGUCCUUGGAUGGAUUAGGCCCUUAGGCAGAAUUGUCUUACCCUGGUUAGGGGUCAAGUUAGCGCUCUAGGGUAAGGGUGUGGUAAGAUUUGGGGUUGGAUUUUUAGGGUUGUAGGUUUAGGCUAUGGUCAGGGUUUGUAGUUGAAGUCAAUUAAGCGUUCCAAGACUUGUGUUGGAUUGGGUAAGAUUUGGGGUUGGAUUUUAGUGUUGUAGGUUUAGGCUAGGGUCAGGGUUUGUAGUUGGAGUCAAUUUAGCAUUUCAAGACUAGUGUUGGGUAAGAGUUGGGUUUGAGGGUAUGAUCUAUGAUGAGGGUAUGUAGUUGGGGUAUGGUUAUGGUCAAGUUAGCAUUAUAAGGUAAGCGGUUGGCUGAGAUUUGGUGUGGAGUUUUAGGGUUUGGGCAAGGGUCAGGUUUUGUUUGACUUUGGUUAAGGUUAGAGUUAAGUUAGCAUUGUUUGGUAAGAAUUGGGGUUCUGGUUUGGGGUUGUGUUUUGGGGUUAUAUGGUUGAGCUAGAGUCAGGUUCGGGUUAGAGUCAAUUUAGCGUUUUAAGGUUAGGGUUGGGUAAGA